CAAAACACAGGUUACAUCUGAAAUCUCAAGUUGAAUAUCUAUUUAAGUCGGCGAGUUAACAAUGGGCGAUCCGAUACGAAGGCCUGGAAAUCCAAAAGUGGACAACAAACCAAAGUCCAAGAUUUCAGCAUCACGGAAGCUUUCUCUGAAGAUAAUGCUUCUUAACAGAGCGAUGGAAGAUUUGGAGAGAGAGAAACAGGAGAGGCUUGAAGAGAAAAAUUGCUACCUUAAAGAAAAACACCCUCCUUUACAGCUAUCUGGACUCUCACUAGAGGAGUUACAGAAUCUGUGUAAGCAACUUUAUUCCAAAAUUGACACAGUAGAUGAAGAGAGGUACGACUACGAGGAUAAAGUAAAAAAACACAACAAAGAUAUAAAUGAGCUUAAGUUGAAAGUUCAGGAUCUUGGAGGGAAGUUCAAGAAACCUGCCUUAAGGAAGGUGCGUGUAUCUGCUGAUGAGAUGAUGCGGGCCCUGCUUGGAUCCAAACACAAAGGCUCUAUGGACCUUCGUGCAAAUCUAAAGUCAGUCAAAAAGGAGGAUAUCAAACAAGAAAAGGUUUUGACCAGUGAGGUUGGUGACUGGCGUAAGAACGUGGAAGCUAUGUCUGGAAUGGAGGGCAGAAAGAAAAUGUUUGAUGCUGCUGGUGGAGGCCAGUGAUCCUCUUCUUGAAAGCAAACUGACCUUCAGAAUGGCCCGGGUCUUGACAGAGGAGAUCUAAAUGAGAUUAAAAAGUUUUCUGGCUUUGUUGAUCAUUCUGAGCUUCUAAAUUUUUUGCCAGUUCAUAUUACUUGCAGAUGCAUUAUGUUUUUCCUUUUAAGUAUUAGUUGACCGAACUAUUUAUGCCACUAACAUGCAUGUUAAUCCAAAUGAGAAUUAUGUUCUCAUUUUAAAUAAAAGAAAGCACAAAAUUUGAAAUUUUAGAAGAAUGUUGAUAUAGCUUGUUGCUGUACAAAGAAGGUCAACAAUAACCUAGGGGCUUUAAAAAUGCCAAAAAGCACCAUAAUGGUAGUUCAUUCUUCUAUACAUACUGUGAAGAACACAGAUGAUUCUGAGGCUUACACUGUAAUCUGCAUUCUGUAUAAACUUCUGUAAUUUCACUUUAAAAUGCAUGUAUAUUGACUAUAUAAAGCUUAGUAUACGUUAGACAGAGAUAUGUGAAUGUUUGUGUGUGCUACAUUGAAGUCUUAAGUUAGCAUUAAAUGCUGCAGUAUUA